CUAUUACAUUUUGUACAAAGUUUGUUAUGUGUAUAUAUAAAUAAGUUAAAUCAACAAUGUUUAAAUUCCUAAUUUAAUAUAAAUAAUUGUAUUGACAAAGGGUAACAUAGUUUUGUGAAUAUUGUCCUGCAAAUUGGCGGGAUAUUGAUUAUUCGUUUUAUGAUCUUAGACAAGAUAUAUGUGAAAGAGGUUAACCUGACUGUGCAUUGUACAAUAAAGUCGGAAACGGCUGAUCAUCUUCGAGGAAACAUACGAUUUCGAACCCGACCAGGCAAAGAAUGAAACAGCGUUGUUUCUGAAUUAUUACUGGCAUUUGCGAAAGCAUGAGGCAAUGCAAAUGAACCAAUAGUUUACAUAGUUGAUUAAAUACCGAAGAUAUCUUUCAAAUUAACUUGACACGGAUAUUUCUUACCAAUUAUUGAUAACGAAUCACUUAUUAACAACGGUUAACUUCAAAUAUAGACACUAUUUAAAAACUCAAGACAUCGACCUGACGUUCCUAUAUUACUGACUAAUCGUGCACGGUAACGGACAAAAUGGCUCUCUUCCGGAAGUUCAAUGAAAGGAUACCAAGGAGAGCAAUUUUAGGAUCGAUGAUGUUCUUAGCUUGCAUGUUCUCGUACAUGAUCCGUACAAAUUUGUCUAUUACCAUUGUUGCUAUGGUAAAUGCAACUAGCAAAGAUGGAGUAAGUGGUCCAGAAUGUAGUUCUUCCACCGUUAUGAGUAACGUUACUCGUAAAACUACCGCACUUAAAGAUUAUGGUACACGAUAUGAAUGGAAUCAACAUAUACAAGGUCUUUUGCUUUCUGGCUAUUUUUAUGGAGUUCUUCCAUCAAGUGUACCUGGUGGUCUCUUAGCUGAGAAAUAUGGAGGUUCUAGAGUAGUAGCAUUUGCAACACUAAUACCUGCAGUAUUAAACUUUAUGAUGCCUUGGGCUUCUGGUGUUCAUUAUAGUUUAGUGUUUGUACUUCGUUUUAUGAUGGGCUUCUUUGGAGGAGCUGUUUAUCCUGCCCUUCAUGCAAUGAUUGCUAGAUGGGUUCCUCCUAGUGAAAAGGGGAUAUUUGUAUGGACUAUGCAAGGUGGGCCUUUUGGAACUGUAGUAACAUUCGCUUUAUGUGGCCAGAUAAUCAGUGAAUUGGGUUGGAAAGCAGCAUAUUAUGUUACAAGUGGACUUAUACUGAUUUUUUAUGCUUUAUGGGUUCUUCUUAUAUAUGAUACGCCUGAUCUUCAUCCAGGAAUCACAGAAAAUGAAAGAAGUUAUAUCAAGGAACAAAUAGGUACAAGCGUCUCGAAACAGAAAAUAAAAUUACCAGUGAAAGAUGUUAUUACCUCAGUACCAUUUUUAGUUUUAUUAUGGGCUCAUUUUGCAAACAUGUGGGGUAUAUAUUUCAUCGCUACUAACGGACCAAAAUACACUUUAGAAGUUCUUGGUUUUAAUAUGAAAUCGGGAGGAUCAAUUACAGGAUUACCCUACAUAGCGAGGCUUGGUGCUGGAGUAUUGUUUGCUGCAGCUGGUGAUUAUGUUCGAAGGAAGAAUUUUCUUACUUUAGGAUGGAUUAGAAAAAUAUUUAUGAUUUUCUCACAUAUCGGUCCAGCAAUAGCUUUGAUUAUAAUGACUUAUGCUGGGUGUGAUGCAGUAACUGCAAUUGUUAUGUUAAUAGUAGCAUUAACUUUCAAUGGAGCUGCAUGUCAAACCAGUUUACAAAACCAUCAAGAUCUUGCACCUAAUUUUGCUGGUUCUUUAUAUGGCAUUAUGAAUACUUUUGGUAGUUUUCCUGGAUUUAUUAUUCCGCCAAUUAUUGGUGCUUUAACAAAUGAAAGGAAUGGAGUAGAAGAAUGGCGUACUAUGUUCUGGAUUUCAACAGCAGUAUUUACAUCUGCAACAAUACUCUUUUGGUUGUUAGAAAUUCAACCAUGGAAUGAUUUAAGUCAGCAUAAAAUAGCAAGUCUUUCUGAAGAAGAAACACAAAUGACUGCAGUGACUACAAAAGAACCACCACCAGAAGAAGAAGAUGAUGAAACUAAAGCAUCAUUAUAAUUAAAAAAUUACAUCUUAUUUUAAAUUAAUGUUA